AUGAAGCUGUCCCACUCCCUGACAGCUUUCCUACUCCCCCUGAUAUGCACUGUAUCAGCGGCAGAUGUAGAAGCAUGGAAGUCCCGCAAUAUUUACUUUGCUUUGACUGAUCGCAUUGCCCGUGGAAGCGAUGAUACAGGUGGAGAUGCCUGCGGCAACCUUGGAGACUACUGCGGUGGAACUUUCCAAGGUUUGGAGUCCAAGCUUGACUAUAUUAAGGGGAUGGGCUUUGAUGCAAUCUGGAUCACCCCUGUUAUCGCUAAUGCGCCAGGUGGAUAUCAUGGAUAUUGGGCGCAGGAUCUCUAUAGUAUCAAUGAGAACUAUGGCACCGCUGAUGAUCUCAAAAGUCUAGUUGAUGCGGCUCAUGAGAAGGGAAUCUAUGUCAUGGCAGACGUAGUUGCCAACCACAUGGGAGGCCCCAUCAGUGAUAACAAGCCGGAGCCAUUGAACCAGGAGAGCUCCUAUCAUUCCACCUGCACAAUCGACUACUCAAGCCAGGAUAGUGUUGAAAACUGUCGUAUCGCAUCAGACCUACCUGAUGUGAACACACAGAGUCCUGAGAUCCGGGAGCUAUUCCAGAAAUGGGUCAAAUGGCUCGUCACGGAAUACUCGUUCGACGGCUUGCGCAUCGACACCGUCAAGCACGUUGAAAAGGACUUCUGGUCGGCCUUCUCCGCUGCUGCCGGGGUCUACACCAUCGGCGAAGUCUGGGACGGUGACCCAGCCUACCUUGCCGGAUACGCAAAGGACAUGGACGGCCUGCUCAACUACGCAGUCUACUACCCCGUGAACAACUUCUACCAGCAAAAGGGCUCUUCCCAGGACAUAGUUGACAUGCAUGAUAAAAUCGAUACUGCUUUCCCUGAUCCCAGCGCGCUGGGCACGUUCAUAGACAAUCACGACAAUGCGCGAUGGCUGAGCGUAAAGAAUGACAAGUCGCUUUUGAAAAACGCACUCGCCUACGUCAUUCUCGCCCGGGGCAUCCCCAUCGUCUACUACGGCACGGAACAGGGCUACGCGGGCGGCAACGACCCCGCAAACCGCGAGGACCUAUGGCGCAGCAAAUUCAGCACAGACGCGGACUUGUACAAGGCCAUAUCCCUGCUCUCGGCGGCGAGAACGGCCGCUGGUGGCCUCGCUGACAACGACCAUGUCCAUCUGUACGUCGCGGAUACGGGAUAUGCCUGGAGCAGAGCGGGUGGAGACCUCAUUGUCCUUACGUCCAACAGUGGAUCUGGGUCUGAGGAUAAGCACUGCUUUGACUCGAAGAAGCCUGGUGGGACGUGGAAGAAUACCUUUGGAGAGGGGACAAUCACCGCCGAUGAAAGCGGACAAAUCUGCAUCACUAUCUCUGAUGGUGAGCCUGCGGUGCUGAUUGCGAGCACUUAA